AUGUCAAAGAAAGAUGUAGGGCAGCAGAGCCGGGAGUUUUUAGAAUUUGUCAAAUUGCUAUCCAGAAUUUCUUCUCGAACGAACUUCAGGGAGAUCCGCACUGCGUCAAGUUUCUUCACAGAUGAGCCCUCGAACCAGAGCACCCUCUGUGUUACCAUGGGGGAGCCGGCUAUCGAUACCAAUCAUGCACUGUCGGUCGUUAAGCCUUUUAUCAGAACCGAUAGCACGACCAUCGACUCAAACAGUGAUCGAGAGCCCUUAGCAAUUGCGAAACCAAUAUCGCAGACGCGAAAAUCUGUCAUCAAGGAGACUUCGGUAGGAAAGAAAGCGGAGAAAGGAGACAAAUCGAGAAGAAAACGAAUACUGGCGAGGGAUAAAAUGGAGAAAGGAGACGUCAAUGAAAACAAAAGUGGAAGUGAUAAUGGGAAUGAGAGUAUCAUUGUGGUUGAAAAUAAGAGAGUCGAUAAAACGAUAGAUGACAGUGAGGAUGAGGAUGAGGAUGAGGAUGAGAGUGAGAGUGAGAAUGAGAAUGAGAGUGUUAUCAAGGUGGAAAAUGAGAACGUCAUCAAUGACCGUGAGCGACAAGAGGAGAGGAGCAUCAAGAUUGAAGAUGACAGCGGGAAAGAAUAG